AUGGAGGGUCUCAACAAGAUGGUUAAAACAGUAAAUGUUAAGGGUUGGAUAAGAGGUUUUGAUGUUUCUAGAGCAGGUAGGGAAAGCUUGGAGAUGACUCAUCUCCAAUAUGCAGAUGAUACCCUUAUAUUAUGUGAAGAAGAACAGCUCAAAAUUUUGAGGGUGAUUCUGGUUCUUUUUGAAGGAGGUGAAGUUGGUGCUCUACCAACCACCUAUCUUGGAAUGCCUUUGGGAGCUAAGUCUAAAUCCACAGGAAUUUGGAAUAAUGUGAUUGAGAAGUGUGAAAAGAAACUGGCAAGGUGGAAGUCUCAAUAUUUGUCUUUUGGGGGUAGGUUGACUCUCAUUAAUUCUGUCCUUGAUGCCCUUCCAACAUACAUGAUGUCUCUGUUCCCAAUUCCAGCAGGGAUUAUCAAGAGGCUGGAUAGUAUCAGAAGGAAUUUCCUAUGGCAGGGGAAUUGGAAUAAAGAAAGGAAAGGAUACCACUUGGUAAAAUGGAAAUCACUGUUAGUUGGAAAGAGAUAUGGGGGACUGGGAAUCAAGAACCUGGAGAUACAUAGCAAGGCCCUUAGAAUGAAAGACUAUGGAAAUUACAGGAUAGCUUUAGAGACUAUUCUUAAAUCCCAAAGGCAUUUCAUGGACUAUGCCUGGAAAGAUUACAGAAGCACUUCAGAGUUGGGAGGAAGCAGGUUUGCAGGCAAAGACAUAGAUAGAUGGAGAAUUGUCCCAGUUCACUCAAAUGAGACUGUUUUCAUCAUUGAUGUUUUAGACUCAAUAUAG